GCGCUUUCAGCCAGCACUUCCAUCUUCCCGCAGAGCUUUCCCAGGCACCUGGGCUCCAUGAAAACUGCCAAAAGGCCUGCAGGCCACUUGGAACUGAGCUCAGGAUUGGCAGGGCUGGGGUGGAGGGAGUGUGCGGCUGGGUGUGUAUGGAAGGGUGAGGCAGGGCAUAUUCCUUCUGACUCCUGCAGGGGACAGAGCUGAGAGCUGCAGUCCCCUUGGGUGUGGGUUUCUUGGGGCUCAUGGGUAAAGGAGAGGACUGCAGGCCCAGCAGCGUGUGUGUGCACACCCAUGUCAGACAAAGGGUAGUGGCAGGGGGCUCUGGUUUUGUUGUCUGUCAGGGUCCUGAGAGGACCUGUCUCUUUUGGACCUGGGUUUGCUUUGAGCACAUGGCCUGGCCUGGGUGGGGUGGGGGAGCAAUGGGCUGGUCCUAAUCCUUCCUCAGCUGAGGCAUCAGAUCUAUUAGGGGUCCAGGGCCUUGCGAGUUUGGGAAACUCAGACUGGUCUUGCCUCCAGGGACCUUACAUUCUGAGGAGAAGGUGGGACCAAACAGUAAAGCAAUCAGACAAAUUAAUUACAAAACUGGUGACACUGACAACCCAUGUGGGACCCAAGGACGCAGCCGCCCUGCUGAGAGCACGGCGGCCCAUCUUUGGAGACGGUGACCUCUCAUCAGCAGCCCUCGGCCCUCCACCUCCAGCUGGGGUGGGGGCCACCCAUCUGCGGGUCCCCGGCCAUGACGACCUCCGCGCUGCGGCGCCAGGUGAAAAACAUCGUACACAACUACUCCGAGGCGGAGAUUAAGGUGCGCGAAGCCACCAGCAAUGACCCGUGGGGCCCCCCCAGCUCGCUCAUGUCAGAGAUCGCCGACCUGACCUUCAACACGGUGGCCUUCGCCGAGGUCAUGGGCAUGCUGUGGCGGCGGCUCAACGACAGCGGCAAGAACUGGAGGCACGUGUACAAGGCGCUCACGCUGCUCGACUACCUGCUCAAGACGGGCUCGGAGCGCGUGGCCCACCAGUGCCGCGAGAACCUCUACACCAUCCAGACGCUCAAGGACUUCCAGUACAUCGACCGGGACGGCAAGGACCAGGGUGUCAACGUGCGCGAGAAGGUCAAGCAGGUGAUGGCCCUGCUCAAGGACGAGGAGCGGCUCCGGCAGGAGCGGACCCACGCCCUCAAGACCAAAGAGCGCAUGGCGCUGGAGGGCAUGGCCAUCAGCAGUGGGCAGCUGGGCUUCAGCCGCCGCCACGGUGACGACUACAGCCGCUCUCGGGGCUCCCCGUCCUCCUUCAACUCCUCCUCCUCAUCCCCACGCUACACCUCUGACCUGGAGCAGGCGCGGCCCCAGACGUCAGGAGAGGAGGAGUUGCAGCUGCAGCUGGCCCUGGCCAUGAGCCGGGAGGAGGCUGAGAAGCCGGUCCCCCCAGCCUCCCACAGGGACGAGGACCUGCAGCUACAGCUGGCUCUGCGCCUGAGCCGGCAGGAGCACGAGAAGGAGGUGAGAUCUUGGCGGGGAGAUGACUCCCCCGUGGCCAAUGGUGCUGGGGCCACAGUCCGCCGGCGGCAGGACAGAGAGUCCGAGAGAGAAGACGCUGAGGAGGAGAAGCUGAAAACCAGCCAGUCCUCCAUCCUGGACUUGGCUGACAUCUUCACACCUGCCCAGGCCCCGCCCUCCACACACUGCUCCGCUGACCCGUGGGACAUCCCAGGUCUCAAGCAGAACACAGAGCCCAGUGGCUCCUCCUGGGGGCCUUCUGCAGAUCCCUGGUCUCCUGCUCCCUCAGGGAGUGCCUUGUCCCGAAGUCAGCCCUGGGACUUGCCUCCUACACUUUCUUCCUCUGAGCCCUGGGGCCGGACCCCAGUGUUGCCUGUUGGACUCCCUGUCACAGACCCCUGGGCACAGAACUCCCCCCACCAUAAACUCAAUGUUGGGGCGGACCCUUGGGGGCCCUCCAUGGAGACCUCUAACACACCCGCUCUAGGUGGUACCUCGGCCUUUGACCCAUUUGUCAAACCUCCAGUAUCCACAGAGAACAAGGAGGGGCUGGAGUGUGCACAGGCUCUGCCCUCUAAGAAGCCCAGCAGCCCUGUGGAACUGGACUUGUUUGGAGACCCCGUCCCCAGCUCCAAACAGAAUGGCACGAAGGAGCCAGAUACCUUUGACCUGGGUGUAAUAGGGGAAGUGCUACCCCAGCCCAGCAAGGAGGCCAGAGCUUGCCCGACUCCUGAGUCCUUCUUGGGUCCCUCAGCCUCUUCUCUGGUCAACCUUGAUUCAUUGGUCAAGGCCCCCCAAGCGGCAAAGACCCGGAACCCCUUCCUAACAGGCCUCAGCGCUCCAUCUCCCACCAACCCGUUCGGCGGGGCCGAGCAGGGCAGGCCGACCCUCAACCAGAUGCGCACGGGGUCGCCCGCGCUGGGCCUGGCGGCCAGCGGGCUGGUCGGCGCGCCUUUGGGCUCCAUGACCUACAGCGCCUCCCUGCCGCUCCCGCUCAGCAGCGUGCCGGUCGGCGUGACCCUCCCCGCCUCGGUUAGCGUCUUCCCGCAGGCCGGGGCCUUCGCACCCGCGCCCGCGAGCCUGCCGCAGCCGCUGCUGCCCACGUCGGGCUCGGCCGGGGCCCCGAACCCGCCCCCGCAGGCCGGUACCAACCCCUUCCUCUGA